AUGUUGUUUCGAGCACUCAAAAAAUUUCGUCUACCAUCUUUACCAUCCUUAUUACCCCCUUCAUCAAGAGCUAUCGUACCGAAUUCUAUAUUAUCAAAUGUUAAAAAGAAUUUUUUAUUCCCUCGAGAAUUCCAUAAUUCUCAACCUCUUCGUGAAACAUUGUUUUAUUUGAAAACUGAAGAUGUAGACUACUCUCAAUCCGUGAGCUUUAAAUUACCUGAACAAAUUCAAUUGAUUGCGAAAAAUACCACAGAAAAGAUUUCCGAUAAUAAUAUUACUGAUAUGAUGAUAUCAGAAUUACAAGGAUCUUUCUUUAUAUUCCUUGUUCAAGCGCUUAAAGCAAAUAGAAUAUUAGAAGUUGGAACAUUUACAGGGUUAUCGGCAGCUUGUUUUGCUGAAGGAUUAAGAAGAUUGGGUAGUAAAGAUGAUGCAAAAGUAGUUACAAUAGAAUAUAGCAAAGAAUAUUACGAAAUGGCCAAAAAUAAUAUUAAUAAUGCUGGAUAUUCUGAUUUGGUGGAAUUGAUUUCAAAUGCGGAUAAAGGUGGAUAUAUAAAAUAUUAUGAUACCAUUCUUGAACGUAACCUGCUUUCAGACGAUGGUAUUAUAAUUGCUGACAAUGUUAAAAAACUUGAAGCUGAAGGUAAACUUGACUUAUUACCAGAAGAAUUUAGGGAUCGUUGUAUUAUAAGCAUGAGUCGAUUUAACGAACAUGUGAAGAAUGAUCCAAGAACCACACAAGUUUUAUUACCCGUUUUUGAUGGACUUUCGUUUAUGCGAAAGAAUAUUUGA